UGUAAAUGAAACCGUAGGAUUUUAUUUUCGGCUGUUGGCAGCCCGUAAGCAUCGGGAAACCGCAUAGGAACGCAGAGCACACGUUACUGCAUUUGAGGUUAUCAGCACAGUGUGCACAAGAAAUUUUUUGUUUACACUUCUCUUAGGAAAUUACAGCUUUACAUCAUGGCAGCAGCAAUGCCAAUAAAUCCCAAGCCGUUCUUGAACGGUUUAACUGGGAAACCAGUUAUGGUGAAGUUAAAAUGGGGCCAUGAGUAUAAGGGCUACCUUGUCUCGGUUGACGGAUACAUGAAUCUACAGCUCGCAAACACUGAGGAGCAUAUAGAUGGUAGUUGCACUGGGAAUCUUGGUGAAGUGCUGAUUAGAUGUAACAAUGUUAUGUACAUAAGAGGAGUGGAAGAGGAGGAUGAAGAGGGCGAGAUGAAGGAUUGAAAUGUUAAAAAAUCUAAGACUCAUGUAUAUUAUAAAUCUUUUAUUAUUAAACAUU